CCAAAAUUUGAUAAAGUUGUAAUCUUUUCUUCUCCAUAUUGAGGGGUCACACUCACAUACAGAUCACAGACUCUCUCUCUCUCUCUCUCUCUCUCUUUCUCUCUCUACACACGGUGUCGGGUGUCCGGUGUCGGCAGCUCUUCUCCAAGGCACGGUUCUCUUCUCCGGCCUCAUAGUCGAGAAAAGAAAAGCUGCUUGGUCUAAUUGAGGAGGAAGAUGAAGGUGAUAGACAAGAUCCAGGAGGCUCUUGGGGCGGAGCACAACAAUGAGAAAGUGUUGUUCUCCUUCGAGUUCUUCCCACCCAAGACGGAGGAAGGAGUGGAAAACCUCUUUGAGAGGAUGGAGAGAAUGGUGGCUCACAGCCCCUCCUUCUGUGACAUUACCUGGGGCGCUGGAGGCUCCACCGCCGAUCUCACCCUUGACAUUGCCAACCGAAUGCAGAACACCGUCUGCGUUGAGAGCAUGAUGCAUCUCACUUGCACCAACAUGCCCCUCGACAAGAUCGACCAUGCCCUCGAAACCAUCAAGUCCAACGGCCUCCAGAAUGUUCUCGCUCUCCGCGGCGACCCUCCUCAUGGCCAGGACAAGUUCGUCCAAAUCCAAGGCGGCUUUGCUUGUGCUCUCGAUCUCGUCCAGCAUAUCCGGGCUAAGUAUGGUGACUACUUUGGCGUUGCUGUUGCUGGUUAUCCAGAGGCUCAUCCGGAUGUAAUUGGCCCUGAUGGCCUCGCUUCACCGGAAGCAUACCAGAACGAUCUUGCUUAUCUGAAGAGAAAGAUCGAUGCCGGAGCUGAUUUAAUAGUCACUCAACUAUUCUACGACACUGACAUUUUCCUCAAAUUCGUCAAUGACUGUCGCCAAAUUGGAAUUACUUGCCCCAUUGUUCCCGGAAUUAUGCCCAUCAACAACUACAAAGGCUUCAUACGCAUGACUGGGUUUUGCAAGACAAGGAUACCGUCUGAGGUCACUGCUGCCCUCGAGCCUAUCAAGGACAAUGAUGAAGCUGUGAGAGCUUAUGGAAUUCACCUUGGAACCGAAAUGUGCAAGAAGAUUUUAGCCAGUGGCAUAAAAACAUUGCACCUUUACACUCUUAACAUGGAGAAAUCAGCAUUGGCCAUACUCACGAAUCUUGGCUUGAUUGAAGAGCUCAAAAUAUCCAGGCCCCUUCCUUGGAGACGCCCUGCUAAUGUUUUCCGAGUCAAAGAAGAUGUCCGCCCCAUAUUCUGGGCGAACCGCCAGAAGAGCUAUAUAUCAAGGACUGCUGGCUGGGACCAGUACCCUCAAGGACGAUGGGGGGAUUCUCGCAAUCCUUCGUAUGGGGCCUUAACUGAUUAUCAGUUUAUGCGACCACGUUCACGUGACAAAAAACUUGCGGAAGAAUGGAGCAUCCCUUUGAAGAGUGUCGAGGAUAUCCACGAGCAAUUUAAGAAAUUAUGCCUUGGAAAGGUGAAGAGCAGUCCUUGGUCCGAAUUAGACGGACUUCAGCCCGAGACAAAGAUCAUAAAUGAACAGCUAGUGAAAGUUAAUGGGAAGGGUUUCCUGACUGUGAAUAGCCAGCCAGCAGUAAAUGGGGAAAAAUCUGAUUCUCCAAUAGUUGGAUGGGGAGGGCCAGGAGGAUAUGUUUAUCAGAAGGCAUAUCUAGAGUUUUUUUGCACUAAGGAUUUGUUGGACGCCCUUGUCGAAAAAUGCAGCACGGGUUUCCCAUCUCUAACCUACAUGGCUGUGAACAAACAAGGGCACUGGUUGUCGAAUGUUGAUCAAACAUCUGUGAAUGCUGUGACAUGGGGAGUGUUCCCAGGAAAGGAAAUCAUCCAGCCAACCGUUGUGGAUCCUGCCAGCUUUUCGGUAUGGAAGGAUGAGGCAUUUGAAAUCUGGUCAAGAGGAUGGGCUCGCUUGUACCUCGACGAGGCCGACCCUUCUAGAAAACUACUCGAAGAGGUGGAGAAUAGCUAUUUCUUGGUCAGCUUGGUUGAUAAUGAUUACAUCCAUGGUGAUAUUUUUGCUGUUUUUAACCAGUUCUGAGAUCUUCUAUUAUUAGCUAUUGGAAAUGAUGCUUUGUUCUUCAUUUUGGUUUGAAAUUCUAUUGUCCUUUGGAAAUGUGUAAUAAUAAGUUUUGUACUAUGGGGGAUUUUGGUUAGUUUUAUUCAUUAUUGUCAAUGCAAUUUUUAUUUAUAUGA